CAGCGGUCCGAACUGACGACGAUGACAAAGAGCGUGCCUGUGUCGUUGGAGCCCCAUGAGCAAUUGGCGACGUUUGCCGCGGGGUGUUUCUGGAGCGUCGAACUGAACUUCCAACGCUUGGAAGGUGUGGUGGAGACGCACGUCGGAUACAUCAACGGUACGACCGUGAACCCGACGUACAAGGAAGUGUGCAAAGGCGACACGAACCACGCCGAAGCCGUUCAGAUCAAGUUUGACACAAACACGAUCACGUACAAGGAACUGCUGGACAAGUUUUUCUCGAUCCACGACCCUACGACGCUGAAUCGUCAAAAGAACGACGUUGGGACGCAGUACCGGUCUGGCAUUUUCUACCACAACGACGAGCAAAAGGAGGAAGCUGAAGCAGCCAAGGCCGCACGAGCUGAGGAGAUCAAAGCCGAAAUCGUCACGGAAAUCGUUCCUGCGCAAACGUUUUAUCAUGCUGAAGAAUACCACCAAAAGUACUUGGAAAAGGGCGGCCAGUGUGCUGCCAAGGGCGCCACCGACCAAAUCCGUUGCUACGGUUAGAGACUUCUAAUGCCCUUGUUGUACAUCUUUAGUACUGUCUCCA